CAGAAAAAGCGAAGAAGGGAAUGUGCUGCUACAGCUUCCGAUGCAUUGAACCGAAUAUUUAUAUGAAAUUAAUAUGAAAAGUAGAUUAAUAAUGACUGACUUAUAACUCUGUGUAAGCUAUGCGUUUUCCUUGUUUUGUUUGUUAAAUUAGACACUUAAAGCUAGGCUACAACAGGAUGCCGAGGAGAUCGAAGGACUGGGAAAGUUCGGGUCGAUAAGUUUUCUUCGGAUGAUUUCCAGCGAACAAAGACUGUUUUUACGAGACGUGGAGGGACAAACAUGUCCACAGAGAGACGCGGAGGGACUCCAGCACCAGGAGGGGUGGUUAGCACCAGUAACGGGCCCAAACAGUGGUCCUUCACCGUGCUGUCGGUGCUGAGCUCGGCUGCUGCCAUGGCUGCUGUCGGCUGCUUGUGCGCCUUCAUUUACCCCAUCCUGAAAGAGCUGCGGGUGGAGAGAGUGAAAGGAGAGGACGGGACUGAACAGAGGAUUUUAGGCUUCUGGAGUAUUCUGGUGCUGUCAGUGUUAGCAGGAAGUAUCUGCUGCGUCUUCUCGUGGACUCUCACCUACAUCGACUCACACCAGCCGGGGAGGGAGAUCCCAUCGCUGCUGACGCCUGCAGACUUCAGAGACGUAUCGGGCCACAGUCUCCACAUGGGUUAUGGCGUCGCCGCUCUUAACGGCAUCAUGGCGAUGAUCACCGUCAUCUGGAGCCUCACCUGACACACACUAAAAAUAUACUGAUGUUUCCACAGUAAAGUUUAUUUUAUUAAGCCGGCCAACAAUUUCCAAAAAGUUUGUGCAUUUGAUUUUGAAUUUGAUGGUAGCAGGAUCUCAAGAAAGGCGUCCCUAGUUUCCAUGAAGAAUUUCAAAUUUUAAUUUAUCUGACCACAGAACAGUUUUCCGUUUUUCCUCAGUCCUUUUAAAUGAGAUCUGGCUCUCAGGAGACUGUGCAGUUUCUGGAUUGUGUUCACUUAUUGCAGGGGUGUCAAACUCAAUCACAGCAGGGGCUGAAUCCUGGAUUUAGGUCUAACCUGAGGGCCUAACAGGGUCAACGUUUAACCAUAACUGUCAACUCUAU